GUCCGUUUCUGCAUUCCAUAGUGAGGGAGGGGUGUGGAGCGGAUCCAGGGAGGACGCUCCGUUUCGUGCGUGACGUCAUUAUCUCAUUAUGUAAAUCUCUCGAAUACGGUGGAUCGGUUUCUAACGAGGUUCCGAAGCAGAUCCCGAGAUUAGAUUUUGGAACGUGUCCUCGGGGUGGGCACAGCGUGCGCUAGUUUCCGUGCUUGAUCUCCCAAGCUAGGCGGUAACUGUGGCCCGAAAAAGCGGAGUCCGGCCAGCUCGAGGGAGCCUGCGGACCCGAGUGUCAUGGAGGGCAGCUUGGGUCGCGCCGUGUGCAUCCUGACUGGGGCCUCUCGAGGCUUCGGCCGCAGCCUGGUGCCACUGUUGGCCUCGAGACUGGCCGCUGGCUCCGCACUGGUGCUGAGCGCCCGCAAUGACGGGGCCCUGAGGAAGGUGUCGGCGGAGCUGAGAGCCGAGUGGCCUGACUUGCGGGUGCAGUGUGUGCCGGCCGACCUGGAGCAGGAGGCUGGACUACAACAGCUGCUGGAGGCAGUGCGGGAGCUGCCCCAGCCAGUGGGCUUACAGCGGCUCUUGCUCAUCAACAAUGCGGGCUCACUGGGUGAUCCUUCCAAGAGCAUCGUGGAUUUCAGGGAGCCAGCAGAGCUAAACACCUAUUGGACUCUGAACGUGACCUCUGCACUCUGCCUGACUUCGGGUGUCCUGAGGACCUUCCCCCCAAGUUCCAGCCUGGGCAGAAUCGUGGUCAACAUCUCCUCCCAAUUUGCCCUACGGCCCAUGAAGAGCUGGGCUUUGUACUGCAUGGGGAAAGCCUCCAGGGACAUGCUGUUCCAGGUCUUGGCAGCAGAAGAGCCUGAUGUGAGGGUGCUGAGCUAUGCCCCAGGUCCUCUGGACACAGACAUACGCCAGACUGCCAAGGCAUACACAAAGGAUCCGGAAACCCGCCAGAUGUUACUUAAGCUGUCUCAGAACAAGGGACUGGUGGACUGCACUGUGUCGGGCCAGAAACUGAUGGAGCUGCUGCAAAAGAACACUUUUAAGUCUGGAGCCCACGUUGAUUUCUUUGAUAAAUAGGUUCCUUAGGUCCUCCUUUCCCACUCCUUUCAGAAUUCCCAACCAACCCCACACCCUUAUAUAUGGAGGAAGAGAGGGUCCAACAUUACCAUAAGGUAUCCAAGUGUUAAUUAACACACAGCCCUUAAUGAGAGCAGCAGUCAUCCUAAACACAUUUAAAGCUGGGAGAGGUCUUGCAGAUAGCUAGCCAGACCUCCUCAUCUGACAUAUGAGAAAGCCCACAGAGGGCAAAUACUUAUAGGUAACAAGUGACAAAGUCAGAAUUUGAACCCAGAUCCCUGGACUCCAAAAUUGAGCCUAUUCUCUGAUGCAUCAAAAAGUAUAAAAUUUUGCCACUAGAAAGGAUCUCAGAGAUCCAACAGGUAUCUGAUCAUGAAUUCCCUCCAUUUGAAGAACUCCACAGUGAAAAGGAAUCCAUCAUUUCCCAAAGCAGCCCAUUCCAUUCUGUGAUGGUUCUCAUUGUCAGGAAGUUUUUACUGAUUAAAUGUGCCUCUUUGCUUCAUCCCUUUGAACCUGCCACCCCCCACCCCAGCAUCUCUCCUCUUUGGGGGAUAAGCAGACCAAAUACAAUCAAUCACGUUAUCCCUGAAAAGGGGUGGCAGAGACUCUUUGCUAGAGCAGUUUUUCUUACAUGGCAGAUUACCCAGAGAAUAAUGAAAUUACCACCCCAAGCAUUGUUUUGUUGUUAUUUUUUAUUUUAAACUUUUUACCUUCUACUUUAGAAUCAAGUGGUAAUGGCUAGGCAAUUGGGGUUAAGUGAUCUAUCCAGGGUCACACAAUUAGGAAGUAUCUGAGGCCAGAUUUGGACUCAAGAUCUCCCAUCUCUGGUCUUGGCUCUCUAUCCACUGAGCCAUCUAGCUAUCUCUCCUAAUCAUUCUUUAUUCUCCUAAUCAUUCCUGGUUCUGCUUCUGACUUUCUUUCCCCUGAACUUUGGCGCCCUUUUGUAUAUUAUACUCUCUCCCACUGAAAUGGAAGCUCCUUAAGGACAGGACUGUCUUUCUCUUUGCAUUUGUAUUUCUCAUAUUUGCAUAGUGCCUGGCCCAUAGUAAGGGCUUAAGAAAUGUUCCUUGACUUGUGGAUUUGGCUGCUGGCAGAAGGAAAAAAGGGAAUGUUUUUCCCCUUGUCCUCAGCAGAUCUUAGAGCUGAGAAAAUGACAAUGAUGACUAGUAUACGUCCUGAAAGGAGACUAUGACGAUGUGAACAGCGGGAGUGAAUAAAUGUUAAUUUUUCUGUUU